GUUACCGUAGUGACUCGGUUAGCUAGCGAGGCCUCUGACGCAGGUUUCAAGAAUGAGCGCCCCGCCCAGGCGAGGCCCGCCCCGCCUUACCCCGCGGCUGACACCGGGUCUGUGUUUCACAUGGAGAGGAAGACGAUGAUCCUCGCAGUAUUCUAUGUCCUCCUGCCUCUUUUAGAUGUGUUGUCUUACGCCGAGGAGAACCUGCGCGCCGGCGCCGCCCGGCUGGACUGCGUGAGAGCCAGUGAGCAGUGCCUGAAGGAGCAGGCGUGCAGCACCAAGUACCGCACGAUGAGGCAGUGCGCGGCCGGCGGCAAGGAGAGCAACUUCAGCAUGGUGGCCGGCCUGGAGGCCAAGGACGAGUGCCGGAGCGCCAUGGACGCGCUCAAACAGAGCCCGCUGUACAACUGCCGGUGCAAAAGGGGCAUGAAGAAAGAGAAGAACUGUCUGCGCAUUUACUGGGGGAUCUAUCAGACAUUACAAGGUAAUGAUUUCUUGGAGGAAUCUCCAUACGAACCCGUGAACAGCCGCCUAUCCGACAUUUUCCGCCUGGCUCCCAUCAUAGGUGAGCCUGCAGUGGCCAGAGAGAAUAACUGUCUGAAUGCUGCCAAAGCCUGCAACCUGAAUGACACGUGCAAGAAGUACCGCUCAUCCUAUAUCAGCCCCUGCACCAGCCGCGUCUCCACCGCCGAAGUCUGCAAUAAGAGGAAGUGUCACAAGGCCCUGCGGCAGUUCUUUGACAAGGUCCCACCGAAGCACAGCUAUGGCAUGCUGUUCUGCUCGUGUCCACUCAGCGACCAGACGGCAUGUUCUGAACGCAGGCGUCAGACCAUCGUCCCCGUCUGCUCGUACGAAGAAAAACAGAAACCCAACUGUCUUGAACUGCAGGCCUCCUGCAAGACCAACUACAUCUGCAGGUCACGACUGGCUGACUUCUUUGUCAACUGCCAGCCGGAGCCUCGCUCGCUGUCAGGCUGUCUGAAGGAGAACUACGCAGACUGCCUCCUGGCAUACUCGGGUCUGAUUGGUACGGUGAUGACUCCAAACUACCUGCGCUCACCCAAAAUCAGUGUGUCUCCCUACUGCGAUUGCAGCAACAGUGGCAACAACAAGGACGAGUGUGACAAGUUCACUGAGUUUUUCACCGAGAACACCUGCCUCCGUAAUGCCAUCCAAGCCUUUGGGAACGGGACAGAUGUGGGCGUGUGGCAGCCGAUGUCCCCCGUGCAGACUACCACCUCCACCACCACUCCCUACCAGAGGAACCGCGAACGCAACCCCAACACCAUUGACAACCACAUCAACACAGACCCUGGCAUCUACCACUUCUGUGGCAGCCUACAGGCUCAGAAAUUGAAGUCAAACUCAACCGUCGACGGCGUCUUCUGUGUGGACCCUCAGAUAGACGGCCCAAGUACAUCCAACGCCAUCCUGAGAAACUCGGCUGUCUCCAGACGGCCCGCGGGCCUGGCCUCUCUGCUGCCCCCGCUGCUCUGGCUGUGGUACUGCAGCCUGCCGGCGCUCUGCUCGCCGCGCGACUUGUAGCCUCGCAGCGUCACAGCAACAAGCUACAACGGACUGACAAACACACAUUUGUAUUAAAGAAAAAGCGAAACAAGAAAUUAUAUGCUUUCUUCUCAGUAAUACCUGUUGUAGUUUUAUUUCCCUCUGGAAUCUGUCUCUUAUUUUGAUUCCCAUGUUGAUUUUUUUUAAGAAUUUUUGGGAAGCUUUGUUGUUUUAUUGUUUGUUUCUGUUUUUUGUUUUUUGGGUUUUGUUUUUUUGCAUUGCAGCUGUGUGCUAAAACGGUGAUCUACUAUAGGUGUUAACUCAGUUUGGCUGUGUAUUCCCUUUGGGUUAGUUGAAAAAAAAAAAAAAAGGGAUUUAAAGCUUUCGUGUUGCUCACUCGGGCAGAAAUGACAAAAGAGUCGAGGACUACAUUCCAGCUGGUGGCUCUUGGAACGGUACACGUAAUGUAAACUACCACGGAUUUUCAGAGUUUUCCCUCACGUCUGUUUGUGUGUUGAGGCUAUAGGUGGGAUCUUUUGCUUAAAAGUCACAGUCAGUUCAGUAACGGCUACAUUUUAUCACACGGGCAGCCUUUUCGGUGUUAUUGAGUCUCUGUAGUUCGUGUAUGUUUUGACGAUAAUGUGAUCUGGUAAUUUAAAUUUUUACGGGCUGAAUGAAAGGUCUCCACGGAUGUUUACCUGACAAAAAAAAAAAAAAACGUCAUUUG